CUGGCGCGGGGCCCGGGGAAGCGGGGGGCUCCCGCGAGCCGGCCGCGGCUGGCAUUGCCGCUGCUCCUGUUCCUGUUGCCGCUGCCCGCCGGCGCGUGGUACAAGCAAGUGGCGAGUCCCCGCUACCACACGGUGGGCCGCGCCGCUGGCCUGCUCAUGGGGCUGCGCCGCUCACCCUACAUGUGGCGCCGCGCGCUGCGCGCGGCCGCCGGCCCCCUGACCGGGGACACCCUCUCCCCCGGACCCGCUGCCCGCGAGGCUCCUCUCCUGCUGCCCUCGUGGGUUCAGGAGCUGUGGGAGACGCGACGCAGGAGCUCCGAGGCAGGGAUCCCUGUCCGUGCGCCCCGGAGCCCGCGCGCCCCGGAGUCUGCGCUGGAACUGGUGUCCCUGGACUUCAGCGGAGCCAGCCAGCGACUUCCGAGAGACGUCUCCCGCCCCGCCGUGGUCCCCGCCGCAAACCGCCUUGGCCGGCCCCGCCUGGCCCCCGGACCGUCCUGA